CUCCUCCAUCAGGAGCUGUUUUGGCCAGAAGCAUGAGAAAAGGUCCUGUGCCGCAAUGCCAGGGACUGUAUGCGGUCUUAGAUGGACACUCCCUUCCUCCUUUCCCCGCUUGCUUUGGGAUCCGUUGUCGCGAAGGUGGUGUUUCCGGCGGGCUACGUUGAGUGUGACGCAACGGCAGGCGACCGCUCGCCCGCGCUUUUCAGGCUUCUGCGUUUUCUUCUGGAGGUUCUCGUUUUCGAAAGAGGUCGCUUGGUUAGUUUUAUCCAGCGGCGGCGAUCCUUCCCUGAAUGUGAAAAUGCCUGUUAAAAGAUCACUGAAAUUGGAUGAUCCAUUGGAAGCAGAUCCAUUUGGCCCUUCAAAAAUCACAAGGAAGAAAAGUACUACAGAUUAUUCUCCAACAACUGGAACUUGUCAGUUGAGCCCAUUCGCUUCUCCCACAAGGUCUAAAGAACAAGAACACAAAAAUGGACCAUCAAAUGGAAAGAGAAAAACAUUGAAUCAUCUCAGUUUAACCAAGAGAAAGAAAUCUAUAACAAAAGACGAUGAAUUAAUGGUGUUGCUAGCUAAAGUUGAGAAAUCAGCAGAAGAAAUUGUGAAAAUAAUGCGAGGUUUAAGUAGUAUACAGGCUUUGGAGGGCAAUAGAAAGCUUGAAAAUCUCAUUGGUAUCUCCUGUGGAUCAUGUUUCUUAAAAAGAGAAAUGCAGAAAACAAAAGAACUGAUGACAAAAGUAACAAAACAAAAACUGUUUGAGAAGAAGAGCUCAGAACUUUCUAACAAAGAGUUACAUCAUCUUGACAGCUAUGAAUUCCUUAAAGCCAUUUUAAAUUGAGGCAUUCAGAAGAAAUGAACUCACUAUGAACACCAACUUCUGCAUCUGCCUGAUCAUAUUUAAAGGAACAGAAGAAAUGUUUGUAAUUAAUCUGCCCAGUAAAUACCAGAUCAUAGCACUAGGCAGGUGCAUGUCUAGAUAAAAUUUCUUGCAGCUAAUUUAAACUUUCUACACACACCAGUAGAUAAUCUCAAUGUAAAUAAUACAUUUCUUCUUGACCCUUUAAUGAGUAAGCUAACAUGUAGACAAGGAUUUUGCCUUAUAUUCUUUAUCAUGUAUGUAUACUUCUGUAUAUUUUUAGCAUUUAUGAAUUAGAUUUAAUAAAGCAUUUAUGAAAAUGA